UUCCACAAUGACAAGUUACUUCGACCAGCUGUGAAAUAUCUUAAAAUUGCGUCUCAAUUUAAUAACAAUUGCGCUUUAAAACAUUACCCGUCUUUGUUCUUAUUCGGUAUUUACUAAGAUCUGAAGGACAAAAGUUCGAAAUGGCAUACGCUUACUUGUUCAAAUACAUCAUCAUUGGCGACACAGGUGUAGGCAAAUCAUGCCUGCUGCUACAGUUCACUGACAAGAGGUUCCAGCCGGUGCAUGAUCUCACCAUCGGAGUGGAAUUUGGAGCCCGCAUGAUCACCAUUGAUGGCAAGCAGAUCAAACUGCAGAUUUGGGACACGGCUGGACAGGAAGCGUUCAGGUCAAUCACCCGGUCAUAUUACCGCGGCGCGGCGGGAGCGCUCCUAGUGUACGAUAUCACCCGGCGGGACACCUUCAACCACCUCACCACGUGGCUGGAGGACGCGCGCCAGCACUCAAACUCCAACAUGGUCAUUAUGUUAAUCGGCAACAAGAGUGAUCUGGAGUCGCGGCGCGAAGUGAAAAAGGAAGAGGGUGAAGCGUUCGCCCGCGAGCACGGCCUAGUCUUUAUGGAGACCUCCGCGAAAACGGCCGCCAACGUGGAAGAGGCAUUCAUCAACACCGCUAAAGAGAUCUAUGAGAAAAUCCAGGAGGGAGUCUUUGACAUCAAUAAUGAGGCGAACGGCAUCAAGAUCGGACCCCAGCACUCGGGCGGGGGCGCGGCGGGGGGCGCGGCCGCGGGCGCGGGCGGCGCGGCGGGCGGCGGCUGCUGCUAGGUGCGCGCCUGCACACACUGAGGCGAGCUGGCACACCAACACGAGGAAUGGCGCAGCUGUGUGCAACGAACAUUGGUACGAUAUGUACUGCAGGACAGAUCAUGUAUUAGAUUUUUUUGAAUGCUGCAAAUUCGCUUGCAUCCGGACACUCACUUUAAAAUUGUAGCCUGCCGCUCGGGCACUUCUAAUACUUAAUAGUACAUAUUAAACAGUGUAAAAGGAAUAAAAUUGACUUAACAUUCGGAUGGUUUACGUUGAAAUCUCGGGGGUGCUAACUUUAACUAAUUAUCGUAUUGUAAAAGGCGUAGUCAGCUUUCAUAAAAGUUUAGCCUUUUCAUCGGAAGGACGUCGAUAUUUUUUCUAUAUAUCGCCCAAGUAUGAGAGCUUCCUUUACUUAGGAAUAUGAAAUAAUUUUCUCUCACGAUUUAAGCAAAUAUAUAGAAUUAUAAGAGAUACAAAAAUAAAACGACGUAUAUCCUAUGAAAUUGCCAAACUUGUGGAAGAUUUUUCUCCUCUAUUCGACUAUUCCUUUUCAAGACUAUUCGACUAUAACUUCUUCAUUAGCUUUACGGGUUACGAAAAUAGUUAUAACUACUUGGCGAUACAAAAGGUUGACUCGAUUUAUAGAAAUAAUUAGUACUGUGUAAUUAAAGUCUCAAAUUAGCUCGUGUCUCCUGUCUGGUCUCAUAGUGGCCGUAAGUCAUUUUUACUAGAUAAAUAAUCGUUUCUCCACUAUAUUGACCAGAAAGCGAGGACUGGCCUUAAUACUUAGUAAUCGUAAGACUUGCAGUACGAGUCAAUAAAUGUGCUCGAAGACUAUAUGUAUAAGGGCAUUCUUAGAAAAAAGUAUGCGUUCUUCUGAAAAUGUUCAACUUUUGUUUUUAUUCCUAAUUUCUCACAGUCAGUAUUGCAUACCCCUGUCCCCCAAUUUGGCAAGCUACGAAAGGACCACAAUAUACGAAUGUUAUUAGUUGUGAUUUUAUAUGUGCAAUGUUAGACUCCUCAUAAGGGAAUGAAGCUAUGUAUUUUGUGUAUUUUAUUUUUGAAGGAUCACAUUACAUACAUCGCAUUUAUUUACCAAAAACGUAUCCUUAAACUGACCUUCCUUACGAUUUUAUUCGAAUUUCAUCUGAUUUGUUGUGAUAAACAUAGUAUUUUAUUUACAUAACAAAAAAAAAUUAUAUGUAUGUAAAAAUCAUAGUUAAUUCUGUAUAUUUCAAAUUUAAUUUUGGGCAUGUCUAUUUAUUCAAUGGGGAGUUAAAUGAAAUAUGUAUUCAUGUGUUUCAAUGUGUAAUUAAGCAUUUUGUACAAUAGAAAUAAUCUUUUGUUAAGCUAUGUAUAAUGUGUAUAUUGAUGGGUUAUUCCCACUAGUUACCACCAAGUUGUUUUUCCCCAGUAGUUAGGUACCACUGGUAAAACGUGGGUUUUUUCCCCGGUAGAUACCACCAAAAUGUUGUUAGCGUUCAAUACUAAUAAAAACUAUGAAUAUAGUGCUUUGAUCAAUAAUUAAUUAAAAGUUAAAUUUAAUAUGACUUAAUUAGUUUAAUUUUAUGUCGUUUAUUGUUUCAGUAAACUGCCUUCAUAGUGAUAAAAAUAGUCUGUCUUUGAUUACUUUGUUUGUUCGUUCGUAUAUUUGUGACGUUAUUUAUUGAAAGGGACCUUAUUGUCGAUUAUAUACAUACAACGCUGAGCUACGCAGUGCGGCGUAAGCGCCCUCGACCAAAGAGCCAGGUUUCAUAGAUAACGUCACAAUUAAUUCAAUUUACAAUUAAUAAGAUAAAUUUCAUCCCCACUUUAAUUUCUUAAAUAUUUAUUUUUUGCGGUUUUAAUAUUUUUGAUCACUUAAGGCAGUUUACUGAAACACUAAUUGACUUAAAAUUAUAUAUUAAAGCACUCUAUAUUGUACUAUUUCUACGUGUUUAUUAUUAUUGAACUCUUAACAUUUUGCUAGUAACUACUUAGAAAAAAAAUCCCACUUUUUCCCAGUAGAUACCACUGGUAACAACUUGGUGGUACCUAGUGGGAAUAACCUCAUAUUGAUUUAGAAUCUGAUGUGACUAAAUUUACAUAAUCUUUACCAUGCCUUGCUUUGAAUUAUUGCCAAAUUUGAUACACAGUUUUCAUUAAUCAAAAUUUUGAUAUAAAAAUAAGAUAAAUUUUAACAUCUUCUUAAGAAUCAUUGAGUGGUAAAAAUGUAAUCAAAUGGGAGGAUUGCUUGCAAGGUAAGAAAGACAUGAUUACAUAAUAGGUUAUUUUAAGUUUAGCACAUUGUAAUGAUGUAAUAUUUUGUAAGGUUACAAUAUGCAAAAACACAUUUGUAAGGUGUAAUUCAUGAGAGUAAAUGUUAAAAAACAACGUU